AUAUGUUGUUUCAGCGUGGUGACGCACUUCCUCUACGUAUCGGCUCCGGGGAAAACAACAUCAGAAGAGCCCCAGCCUGAAGCAAAAGCACCAUAAAACACCGUGCCUUCACCAGGCGUAACUACCAGCAACGUCUUUAUUGAAACAAGUAACUUCCGAAGAACAACAUGCCUCAGAACGAGCACAUCGAGUUGCACCGCAAGCGGCAUGGCUACCGCCUGGACCACCACGAGAGGAAGCGGAAGAAGGAGAGCCGAGAAGCCCACGAGCGGUCCCACAAAGCCAGGAAGAUGAUUGGCUUGAAGGCCAAGCUCUACCACAAACAGAGACAUGCAGAGAAGAUCCAGAUGAAAAAGACCAUCAAAAUGCACGAACAGAGGAAGACCAAGCAGAAGGACGAUGACAAGACCCCUGAAGGAGCCGUCCCGGCCUACCUGUUGGACAGAGAGGGACAGUCUCGUGCAAAGGUCCUCUCCAACAUGAUCAAACAGAAGAGGAAAGAGAAAGCCGGCAAGUGGGAGGUGCCCCUGCCAAAGGUUCGCGCUCAAGGAGAGACAGAAGUUCUUAAAGUCAUCCGAACAGGAAAGAGACAAAAGAAAGCCUGGAAGAGGAUGGUCACUAAAGUCUGCUUUGUUGGAGACGGCUUCACAAGGAAACCUCCAAAGUACGAACGCUUCAUCAGACCUAUGGGUCUGCGUUUUAAGAAGGCUCACGUCACACACCCAGAACUGAAAGCAACGUUCUGCCUUCCCAUCCUGGGAGUGAAGAAGAACCCUUCGUCACCACUCUACACCACUCUGGGGGUCAUCACCAAGGGAACGGUGAUAGAGGUUAAUGUCAGUGAGCUGGGCCUGGUUACACAAGGAGGAAAGGUUAUCUGGGGUAAAUACGCCCAGGUGACAAAUAACCCAGAGAACGAUGGAUGUAUUAAUGCAGUUCUUCUGGUAUAAGACUCUCUACCUGCCUGAUAACUCCUGUUUACACCAAGAGCAUUGAUUAACAGUGGACCUACAUUCACCAAACUGUUGGGAAGGUGGCUGGAGCUGUGAUUGGCUACAUCUACUGCAGUAAAAAGGACACUGUGAAAGGAAAUCGUUUGAUAUAAAUAAACUUGAAAUGCCAUCAGAUAUUUCCCUGACUUUUGUAUCUUCCUUGUUGACUUUAUAGCAAUAGAAUAAUAACCUCAAAAUAUAUCAAAAUCUGUAUUAGAACUCAAAGCUGAAGCUGUUCAUGUCAGCUCAUAUGAUGUCUGAGAAAAGGCUGGUCCCACGCUUAAAGCCAUAUUAAACAUAAAUAAACAAAAAUAUUGUGA